GUGCUGGACAUUAGUUGGAGCAAUGAUGGACUUCAGGUGAUGGCUUGCAGUUGGGAUGGAACAGUUGCCUGCAUGGAACUCCUCCAGAACGAAAUUGGGAAACCUCUUUCCAUAGAUGAAUGUAGCCAAGUCUUAGAAAAGAGAUAUGGUCGGCGGAUGAACGGUGGGAAGGCAGCAGUGAACAUAAUUGAGCAUCCGGGACUGUUAGAAGCAAAAGACAAGGAGGAUGAAGCAAGACAAAAGGAGAAAGAGGCAAAAAGGUGGCAUCCAGAUCCAGACAAGAACUCUUCUUCGUCCACUGCAACCAUCAUCAGAGGACCUACUGAUAGACAGAUUGAGACUGUCACUGCUGAUGGGAAAAGGCGCAUCACACCUAUAUUCAUCCCUCUCACAAUUGAAAAUAGUGAGAAAAUGCAGACUUUUGGGAAGGCUGGCUUGCAGAGUUCAUCUGAUGCUCAGAAGAGUAAGAUAGUAAUAGAGAAGAGGGGUGAGAAUUCGAUGGAUUCCCCAUCCAAAACGAGUGGAGGAGUUGAGGAUGGUGAGAGAGGAGUGAUAUCAAUCAAGGCUCCAGUUGCUCCAUCUCCCCCUCCCCUAUCAUCUGAAGUUGUGUCCAUCACCAAGGCCCCAACCAAGAGAGGGCGUCCACCUGCAGCUGAGAAAGAGCGAGAGAGCGAGCGGCCACCAAAAUCCCCUCCUGCACCCGAGGUUGCUUGCCCACGUCCUGCUUCACCCUCUACAGCACCUCAAUCCAGCCUUCCUACUAUUGCUGCCACCUCCAUCCAAAAACUAUCACUCACUCGCUCCAGUCUCACAUCUAUCGAUGUCUUGCCUUUGCCAAAGGCUCAGAAGACUUUGGUCACAUCUGUGCCUAAGGAAUGGAGGGCAGAAGUGGAGAAUUGGGUGUAUUCAUCAGGUGAUAGAUCACUUCACAAACUGCGAGGUGUCCGGUUCGGUGAUUUGUCUCCAUCACCAUCUACAUCCUGGGAAGUCCUCUUUGACUCCCCCAUCCUCCUCCUCUCUGCUACAGCUGAAAUGUGUGCAGUGUCAUGUGAGAAUGGGUCAUUGCAUGUCUUUUCCUCCCAUGGAUCUCGACUGUGCCCUCCACUGGCCAUUUUGGGACCUGCAUCAAAGAUGACCUCAUCAGGAUGGCUACUUCUUGUCAUCACAACGCCAGGUGUUGUUCAUAUGUGGGAUUUUGACACCUGCACACCAGUCAUCCAUUCAGAGGCUAUUACCCACCUCAUCAGAGGCAGAGGCAUCUGUGUUCAUGCCAUAUCUAUUGAUCAACAACACUCACCAGUGGUAUCCCUGUCAAAUGGAAGGGCUUAUGCCUAUGAUCUCCACCUGAAAACCUGGUGA